AUGAGAGUCAUAGCAGUAGCAGGCAUACUUAUUUUGUGUGUGGCAGGGCUAGUUAGAUGCAAAGAAGGCAUUAAAACAGCAGACAUAGAGGCGUCCGGUGCCUCGCAAGGAGACGUGAAAAUCACAGUCACCAACAGCGGAGGAGAGCAGGAGGAUGAAAGCGCGAAGGAGGAGCAGAUUACUCCUGUUGAGGAAGCUGCCAGCCAGGAGGCAGGCGAGCAGAGCAUAGAAACCACAGUAAACGAGUUUGCAGAGAAUGCUAUAAAGCAGGCUGUUGAGAAAAUUGGAGGCAGCAUUACCGAGGAGCAGAUGCACACUUUGGUGAACGACAUGGUCGAGCGAGUUCUGCAGACAGCGAAGGAAAAGAACGGAGAGAAGCCAACAGAAGAAGAAAUGAUGAAAAUCAUAGAGACAAUGGAACAGGAGAUUUUGAAGAGUGCGGCCCCAGAGAAGGUUGAGGGAACGUGCAUAUUAUUCACGGGUGCCACGCUUACAGAGGAGGAAAUCCAGAAAAUAAGCAAGCCCGUGGGCAUGAAGUUUGAGGUCAGUGCGGACGCAGAGGCAGCUGAGAGGCUGGGCGUCGUUAUGCCAGGAGUCUACUACAAGUCUGAGGCUGGAGAGUACGUGUUCAGAGUCCCGGAGGGAGACGUAGACGUACUUGCUGCAAGAGUGGCGGAAACAUACAACGUUGCACGCCUGGAGGUCUUUGGGGAGCUGCAUAAAGACAACUCGCCGCUGUACGAGAAUCUCAGAGUGCCGAUUGUAUAUGCAGUUGCAAGGAAGACGGACUUUGGAACCCUUGAGUGGUGCAGGCCCAUCGUGGAGAGCCUUAAGACCGAGCUGAAGGUGGCGCUUCUGGACUACACAAGCACGGAGUUUUUCCUGAACAUUUCGGGGGUGCACGAGCACAUGCUGCCUGCUCUAUUUUUGAUAACAAACAAGAACGACAAGAUGUACAAAUAUCUCCUGCCAAAUGCAGCGGACAACGAGGAAACAGUGAACUUCCUCACAAAGUGCGCGCGAAACAAGGAGGAGCUUGUGCCGUUUGUGAUGUCUGAGGAGCUGCCAGGGGAGGCCGAGAAGGCAAACCCGGCGGGGGUCUUGAAGGUGGUUUCCAAGUCUUUCGAGGAGAUUGCGCUGAAUGCAGAGGUGGACACGCUGAUUGUGUACUAUGCAGAGUGGUGCAGGUUCUGCCAAAACCUGAUGCCAGGCCUGGACAAGGUGGCUUCCGCCUUGAAGAGGAUCUCAAGCGACGUGGUGAUAGGGAAAAUGCUUAUGUCGAGAAACGACAUGCCUUUGAACAGCGAGCUAGAGGCAAUCCAGGCAUACCCAACGAUAAGAAUAUACAAGAAGGGCACGAACAAGGAGGUGGAGAUGGAGAUUAAGAACAAGCCAGCAGAUGCAGAGGGCAUCCUGGAGUUCCUGAAGAUGCACACAGACCUUCCAGAGGGCUUAACUCUGGAGGGGGCCGAGACUGAAGAAGCUCCGCAGAAGCGCGAGCCAGAAGUCAAGAUACCAGAAGAGAUUAAGAUGGAUCUGUAG